GAGAGCGGGCUGGAGAAGCGCAUGGGCCCGGUCUUCAUCUCCGAGCCCCCCUCGCAGGUGGACUUCCUGAACACGACGGGCGCCUCGGUGGACUGCCUGGCCUACGGGAACCCCUCGCCGCGCGUGCGCUGGCGGCUGCGCGACGGCCAGCCGGCCGACAACGUGCCCGGCCUGCGCCAGACGCUGCCCAACGGCACGCUCGUGCUCUGGCCCUUCCGGCCCGAGCACUACCGGCAGGACGUGCACGCGCACGCCUACCGCUGCGAGGCCGCCAACGUCGUGGGCGCAGUGCUCAGCCGGGACGUGCACGUCAGGGGAGUGGUGAAGCAGUACUAUGAGGUGCAGGUGUAUGACGAGUACGUGAUUCGAGGCAACACUGCUGUGCUCACGUGUCACGUGCCUAGUUUCGUAAAGGAUUACGUCACUGUUACCUCUUGGAUAAGGGAUGAUGUAGUUACAGUUGCCUCCACUGUGCAAGAAGGGGGUCGGUACAGCGUGUUUCCCACCGGAGAGCUGCACAUUCGUAAUGUGACGACGGGUGAUGGGUCCAUGAGCUAUCGCUGCCAAACCAGCCAUCGGCUCACGCACGAAAUCAUCGUGAGCGCUACGUCAGGACGACUCAUCGUCACAGAUUCGAGUGGUACAGUUCCUCCUCGUGUGACAGACCCGAGGACUGCAUUAUCGGCAGUUCAAGGAGAUAUUGUAGAAUUGCCGUGUGCAGCUCAGGGUUUCCCCGUGCCUAGAUAUAGUUGGUAUAAAUAUGCAGGAAGGAAUAACUCCCAGCUUCUUCCUGUAUAUCAUGAUCCUCGAAAAUCCCAGCUAAGUGGAUCGUUGGUUAUCCGCCAAGUGAGUUUAGAUGAUGGUGGUAAAUAUGUUUGUCUCAUUAGCAAUAGUGCUGGAGAAGAACGUACGGAGAUGCUACUUAUAAUAACUGCUCAUCUUACUGCCCAUAUCCAGCCCCAACAACAAACGAUAGAUGUUGGGCGGCCUGCAAAAUUUAAUUGUUCUUUUUCUGGUCAUCCUGUGAAUGGUAUUUCUUGGAUCAAAGAUGGCAACCCUUUAUUUGAAGAUGGUAUUAGAAUUAAACUGUCAUCAAGAGUGCUUUUAACUAUUGACUCUGUACAAAGAGAAGACAGUGGAAUGUAUCAAUGUUUUGUUUUCAAUGAUGUUGAGUCUGCUCAGGGAACUGCUCAGCUUUUGUUAGGAGAUGCGGCACCAGUUUUUCAUUAUGUGUUUACAGAAGAAACAUUGCAGCCGGGACCAUUUAUAUCUUUAAAAUGUGUGGCAUCUGGAAAUCCGUUGCCGCAAAUCACGUGGACGUUGGACGGUUCUCUAUUACCGGAGGACCAGCGGUUUCGCGUUGGUGACUAUAUUACAAUGCAAGGUCGCGUUGUGAGUUAUGUAAAUAUCACUUCAGUGCGCGUUGAAGAUGGUGGAGAGUAUGAGUGUCAUGCAAGGAGUACGGUUGGAAUAGUGAGUCAUGCAGCUCGACUUAAUGUUUAUGGAUUGCCCUACAUCCGUCCAAUGAAGGACGUGUCGGCGGUCGCAGGAGAGAGCCUUAUGCUUCGCUGCCACGUAGCUGGAUACCCCAUUGACACAAUCACAUGGUCGCGAGGAGGCAGCAGGCUGCCUAUAAAUCGUCGACAAGAAGUCUUUCCAAAUGGUACAUUAAUCAUUCAAGAUGUUCAGAGGGGUGUGGAUGAUGGGACCUACAAAUGUAGGGCAUGGAAUAAGCAAGGGCAGAAUGCUAUUGGAACUGUUCGUGUUCAUGUCAUGGUGAGGCCUGUUAUUGAUCCUUUUUUGUUUCCAAAGAACCUUCAAGAAGGUAUGCGUUCCCGCCUUGUUUGUACUGUGAUUCAAGGGGAUCCUCCCUUUGUAAUAAACUGGAAAAAAGAUGACCGGCCCAUUGAGCCAGGUCUGGGUGUAAUUAUUCGCAAUGAUGAGUUUUCCAGUGAUUUGACAUUUUCUAGUGUUACUCCUCGUCAUAAUGGAAAUUAUACUUGUAUUGUUAGCAAUGCUGCUGCUUCUGUGAGUCAUACUGCUAUGCUUGUUGUGGAUGUUCCUCCAAGGUGGCAUGUGGAGCCCCGGGAUACUUCUGUUGUUUCAGGGCAAAAUGUGCGAAUUGAUUGUUUAGCAGAUGGUUUUCCUGCACCUGUGAUAACGUGGGAGAGAGGCUCAGCCAACUCUCCUCGUCACUAUUCUGCCAUAGCAAGUGGGCCCCAUUAUGAGGUCUACGCCAAUGGUUCCUUGCUUAUAAAAAACGCCCAAGAAGAUGAUGCUGGGUAUUAUUUGUGCCAAGCAAGCAAUGGCAUUGCUUCUGGCCUUAGUAAAGUAGUCUUCCUUACUGUUCAUGUGCCGCCACGUUUUGAGAACAAGUUCCGGAGCGAGACUGCUCGUAAGGGUGAUAUUGUGAGACUGAAGUGUGAAGCUACCGGAGACCAUCCGAUGACAAUCGUUUGGAACAUUGAUAAACAGCCCCUCACUCCUGCCGAGGACCCGCGAUAUGAUUUGAAGGAGUUGGUGGACAAGAAACGCAUGUCUUCGGAAAUAACAAUCAAGUCUGCAGAGAGGAGAGACUCUGCCCUUUUUACGUGCCUUGUUACAAAUGCAUUUGGUCGUGAUGACAUGAAUAUUCGACUUAUAGUACAAGAGCCACCUGAACCGCCACGAGAUGUACGAGUGUUAGAACAUAAAAGUCGCACAGCCAAAAUUUCAUGGUCUUCUCCAUUCAAUGGAAAUAGUGCCAUUAGUAGAUAUUUAGUACAAUGUAAAUCAGAGUCGGGUGACUGGGAUUCAGGAAUCCAAAAUGUCACUACCGGGAGUGAAGAAACUAGCAUUACUCUUCGCGGACUUCGUCCUGCUAGAAACUAUUAUUGCAGAGUUAGAGCUGAAAAUUCUGUUGGAUUAGGAGAUCCUAGUGAGACUAUAACUGUUGUAACAACAGAAGAAGUUCCAGGCGGACCUCCAUUAGAAGUGAAAGCAGAAGCAGUUGAUUCUCAAACAGUUCGAGUUACUUGGAGACCCCCUGAUGUCGAUCUGUGGAAUGGUCCGAUAAAAGGGUAUUAUGUUGGUUAUAAAGUGUAUGACUCCAAAGACUCCUAUUUAUAUAAAACUUUGGAAGUUGGACAAGGAACAAGAGAAGAAGUUUUGCUUACUCAGCUACAAAAGUUUACUAGUUACAGUGUGUUAGUUCAAGCAUAUAAUUCUAUGGGUGCAGGACCACGUUCUGAUGAAGUUAUUGUUCAAACAUUGGAAGAUGUUCCUGGGCAGGCUCCCAGAGACAUUAAGUGUGCAUCACCUACAUCCCAAACUUUACACAUAUCUUGGAGUGCACCCCCAUCCUCCUCAGUUCAUGGAAUUCUUCAAGGAUACAAAGUUCUUUUUCGACCUGCUGAAACGCUUGCAGGUGAUGAAGAAUAUGAAGAAAGAAGUAUUUCAGAACAAGAAGUAAAAUUAACUAAUUUACAUAAAUUUACUAAUUAUACUGUGAUAAUCAUGGCUUUUACGCAAAAAGGAUUUGGAGUUAGAAGUGAUCCUGUUUUUUGUUCCACAUUGGAAGAUGUACCUGGCCCUCCUGCCGAUAUCAAAGCUGUUGUUAUGUCUUCAGAUACUAUUCUUGUUAGUUGGAAGCCCCCUUUACAUUCAAAUGGUUUAGUUACCAAAUUUACAUUAUACUGGCGUAGUUUAGUGAGUGGUGCCAAGAAUGAAUCUGUUAUUCAAAUUCCAUCCAACCAAUAUCAGUACAAAGUGUUAGGGUUACCUGAACGCUCACGUCAUGAGUUUUGGGUUACAGCAUCUACAGCAAGAGGAGAAGGUGAACCUACUCGAGUUGUAUCACAGACAACAAGUAAUAGAGUACCUGCUCGUAUCAUGGAUUUCGGGGAAAGUAUUGUUACUGUGCCUGGAGAUAAAGUUAUUUUAACUUGCCAAGCUGUAGGAUCACCAGUUCCAAAGCGGGAUUGGAAAUUCCGGGGAGAACCUUUGCCAAAAAUGCAUAGAAUUGAACUUCAUGCUGAAAGUGCAUUAGUUAUCCGAAAACUACAGAUAUCUGACAGCGGCAACUAUUCAUGUCGAGUUCAAAAUAGACAUGGUGCCGAUGAAAUUAUUUACGCAUUGUCCGUCACAGAGCCAGUUCCAUCUCAUGUGCCACAAGUGAAGGUCUUGUCAACUACAGCUAAUUCUGUUUUAUUAGAACUUCCUCAAUCUAAAGAUCGGAGCAUCAUCAGAGGUCAUGAGUUGCACUUUAAACCUGAUGGUGGAGAAUGGCAGCAGCGUAGAAUUCUUAGUAAAAAUCAGACAUACAGGUUGGAAAAUUUAGAAUGUGGAGUGAAGUAUCAGUUGUAUGUUGUUCCCCUUACUAGUGAAGGUAAAGGAGAGAGAAGCAAUCCCAUAUCAUUUAAAACUCAAGGUUCUGUUCCACUCGCUCCAAAACAAGAAGACAUGGUUUUUACUAAUUCUACCCACCUCGUUCUUCAUCUAUCCACUUGGCAAGCUGGCGGAUGUCCCAUAACUCGCAUGAGCAUUGAAUAUCGUCCUCAUAGCAACAGUCGCUGGACUGUGCUAACAGAUCAUGCUAACCCUGAAAGGCAGCAUCAACUGGUAGUUCCAGAUCUUGCCCCAGAGACUUGGUACGUCAUCAAAAUCACUGCUUUCAAUGCUGCUGGAUUCACCAUGGCCGAGUAUGAUGUCAUUACUUUGAAAAUUGUUUCGGCAUUUCCCAUUCCAGACCAUGGUACUCAAGGUCAUAUGCCUUCUGCAACUUCUUUCUUUGAAGACACUACCACCCUCGUCUCCAUGGCGUCAUCCGGUGUUGUCUUGAUUGCUGGAAUUGUAGCAGUCGUAUGCCUUGUUAUGUACAAACGUAGGCGGAACACUGGUCAUCAUUACAGAGAUGCAGCUUCAAGAGCAGAUGUUGCUACCACAACUGCUCUUAUGGCUCACAUCGAUAAGAAAACUGGCAGAUCUGAAGCUUCCAGCAGGCACAGUCAUAGUCACAGUCAUGAUCUCCCGUCCUAUUUUUCUUCUCCCGUUCGUAAAGUGGCUCCCACAAACAAUGUUCCUCAAUCGCGCCAAAGCAGUCAACAAGCUGGACCUUCCACUAGUCAUUAGUAUGAAGACGAGAUAGCCCCUUAUGCAACAUUUCAACUCCCUGGCCCUCCUACUGGAGAAGAUAAUGGUGAAACGGAAGAGUUCAAAACCUUCAGUGUUCAUCAUGGAGAGCCUCCCUAUUUAACAAAAACAAGUUUAGACCCUCCAUCAAGUAAAAGUGGAAAAGCUAGCGAAGAAUUGUAUCAAAGUCAAGCUCCUAAUAGUCAUAGCCUCACAUCUGGUUCAUCUAAUCAAGAAGAACUGAUGCGUGCAUAUGAGUAUGCAAGACGUCAUCCGCCUCCACCUAUUCAGUAUGACAACGGUCACAAUCGAGGUCACAGUCAUACAAGUGGAACAGGUACCACUGAAUCGGAAGCCACUGAUCCUGGCAUCCGGCAGUUCAGUGGUACUCCUCCAAAGCCAAAUGAACGCCGCCAAGGAGCAUGCCUUACUCCUGGAACACAAAUUUUUGUUUCCCUGCCAGGUGCUUCGGGUCAGAACACGGACUCCAGCACUUCGGAUGAAGCCACGCCUGUCAACACUCCUCAUCAAGCCAGAAUCAUUCCGGCGGGAUUCGGAGCACUUCCCAGGGAGAGGUCAAGGACGUCUUGGGGAGGACAGAAGGGGCGAAGCCAGUCAGGUGCCAAGAAAUCAAGCUCCAAAGGAAUUAAAAAAGGGCUUUCCAGUGAUGAGAGUGACAGUGAGGGAACUAUUUAUACUUUCAGCCAUGCUGAUACUGCUCUUCGUGGAAGCUCUGGGAAUGACCAGUCUGAAACAGAAUGUGACAAAGAGAAAGUAGCGCGACUAGGUCGAGGUUUCCCUCGAAGACCUCCUCAGAGGUCCCAAGCCAAGUCUGACAUCAUAGACUGCUGACCAGAGACAGACUUUUUAACUUCUUAUUCAGACUGGUCUGAGUGCCCUACUCCACAUUGGAGAAUAAAUACUCUGCUGAGAUCAGUAGAAUGGGGCAGGGGGACCCCCGAACGGAGGGACCCGUGCCCCUGGUUACGCCCGUCCGGCGACUCCUUCCAAUUAUUAGGGUUGCCACCCCAAAGGGGUAUAGGUGCGAUGAACAGUGGUGUGGAAGCUGGUAGCUUAACCAUCUAUUCUGUUAUUGUGUCACGGAGAGUGUGGAAAAUAUCUAUUCUGGUGUUGAGAAAUUUAUAUGACAUUUUACUAAUUAUCUUUUUCGGGACAUUAAUUGUUCUAAAAAGUUAUCAGAAAAGCACAAUAGACAAUUUUAUAUCAAAAAGUGUGUUUUAGAGUGGAGUACAGUUUUGAGAGUCAAUUGUCCUAAUUGAAGAUUUAUAUAUAUAUA